UCUCCUCAUCCUCUGCCUCUUACAUUGUUCCCUCUGUCUCUCUCUCUCACCAGUGCUCUGCAACUCUUGUGAGCCAUCUUUCUAUUAUCUCUUUUGGGAAAGAAAAAAAGAUAUCUCUGAUGGCGGAAAAUCCAUUAAAACGCCAAAGAGAAGAAACCCAGAUGGAGGAUUGUGAAGAGUCUAAGCGAAACAAAUCGUACAGCCACAUACUCUCUCUGCUCGAAGCAGAGGAAGAGGAACCCACUCAGGAUCUGUCCUCUAUUAUCACGACUCUCCAACAAGAACUCUCGUCCGACUACAUCUUCGACCCUCUUUCAUUCCCUUCAUCUGAAUCCGACCCGGAAAAUCCCUCGACAGCCUCUGCCACCCUGGAAGACCAAGCCUCCUCCUCGUCUUCUUUUUCUUCUUCUUCCUCCUCACCGUCAACACUGCUUCUGAAGGAAGAUGAGGAUCAGGAGGAUGACAAGGAGAGGGUCAUCAGACACCUCCUUGAAGCUUCCGAUGACGAGCUUGGGAUUCCGAACAGAGACGUUGGAGUAGUUUAUGACGGCGAUAAAGAUGGGUUUAACGGUGGAGAUGGGUUGUCUUUGUGUGAUGGUCUGUGGGAAUUAGAAGAUGAAGCUGCCAACUACUAUACCUUGUUGCAGUCUGAGCUUUUCAUGUAGUUAUGUAGCUGCAGUUAGCUAGGGCUUAAGCUGAAAUAGCAUAGGUUAAAAAACAGGAAAGCAGAGAAAUGCUGUGGGGUUCAAAUGAAAAUGAAAAUUCAGAGGAGGGUAUAGAAAAUGGAGAUCUUUUUGUUAUCUUUCGUUUUAAGUUCCCUCUUAUCUUCUUUUGUGGAAAGUAUGAAAAAAAGUGUCCCCCGUCUUUUGUAAGAAGAUCAAAUUUGUAGGAGAAAGGUGAUUCAUAUUCCCUCUA